AUGGAGCCAUCUCCAAGCGAUUGGUAUGUGCCGAAAGGCAAUGGGACUGUAGUGCUCUCAAAAAGUCUUCCAUCGAGCCCAUCUGAGGCACAUCCUGCUGGCACUGUCUGCUUAGAAGCCCAGGCCUUGCCUAAACUGCCAAUUGAUUUCACUUUGAGUUCUUCUUCCCUGGAUGAUUACGACAAUUGUGGCAAGGACAACUACACAAACGCCGACACAGAACUUAAAACUGGCAUCGAUCUUCUUCCUUUUUGCCUGCCCGUCCAAUAUUCCACAUUUCCUGAUCCUCUUUCAGUCGUACUUCGACGUCCCGGUGCUGUUUUUGGACAGUCUUUACCCUAUUGGCAACGCCGCUUUGGUUUCCCGUUGCCACCAGCCAUUUGCAAUAUAUUUAACUACCUUCAUCGUGUUGGUGGGAUGACACAUGGAAUAUUUCGCCGACCAGGAGGGAAGUCCAGAACCCUGGCACUGCGAGAGGAGAUCGAAAGUAAUAUAGGUAAGAUCAGAACCACACUGAACUUGGAUGAUCUUAUCUACUUUUGGGUACUUUCACCGCUAAUAGACCCAGGAUCAUUGACCUUUGUAUUACAUUUGCUUUCAUCUGAGAUCGCUUCAGAAUCUUUGCAUGCAUCUAUUGUUAGCUCCUCUGCCGACUUGAUAUUCCUUCACAGAUCAAAUGCGUUUGCAAAUGUCUCUACCUAG